UCCUCGGUCAUCUUGUCAGUCACCGCUGGUCCACUGAAUAAGAGAGGCGUGUUUAUCGUUUCGGUCUCUCUGUAGACAACUUCCGUCGUAACGUUAAACAAAGUGCCGACAUAGGAGUUCUGAAAGGCCUGUGGUUGUAUUGUGGAGAUUCUGGUGGUGGGAUAAGACACGAACUUUUGAUAGUGGGUGCCGCAAGUGAGAUUUCUCUGCACGGAGAGAAGUUAGGAAGCAGGUUAUAUCGUGGAUCAAUUAUUAUAUCGGUGUAUACUUCUGACACAAUUAUUUUUUCCAGGUGUGAAUGUGUUGUGAAUUAUGGUGCAGAAUAACAUACAAUUUCCGUAAAGUGAACGAGAGUGAUAUGGUGUUAAAAGCGACCAUUUUAUGUUAUACGAAAUAUUGAGCUAAUAUAAAAGGGAAAUUUUAAAUAUCAGUAUACGUCCCAAACUUCUUCGCUCGGUAUAAUAUUGUAAUGGCGAGAGAACGUGUACGAUACGACGUCUAAUUCAGUCAAUUUGAUGGAGAUAGUUUGGUGUCGUUUUUUAGAGAAGCGCCGUGUUUUUGUGCGGGUGGCGAGUUUCACGCCUCGUUAGUCACCUGCAAUGUCAUGCUACUUGCCACUGCCGCGCACGUGCUCAAACAAGACACUGUCAAUGAGCGCGAAGACAGAUAAUAUAACUCUUUUUAUGUCAGUUACAACUCUCUUAACGGCGAAAGAUUUUAUUACAGAACCGCGGAUGCAAGACAAAUGAAAACCUGAAGGGCAUUUCUAUAAGGCUGUGAACUGGUGGUAGCUAAGCAUGAAACUGUGCUAAGGAGACGUAAUCAUUAAAUUAUGUUGAUAUUUAAGGUGAAGGCGCAAUGGGGAAAACGCCUAAUGCACAUGGAGGGCUCUCGGUCUCUGGACCUCUUGGUGUGCCGUUAGGGGGCAGGGACAGACAAGCAGCUGACCGCCAAGGCUAACUUCAGCGCGCAUCGAACCGCUGCCUCAGGGCCAUUUUUCAUCUAGGGUCAGUAACUCAAGCCUCACAAAAAAUCCACAUACUAACCUUCCAUUCCGUUUGCACGAAUGACACGAUGAAAAACAAGAAUGUUUGGGUUCAAUUCUGUUGUAUUGUGAUAAGCUGUUUAGUGUGAGCUUCAUUUCAUCGUCAUAACUUCAUAAUAUUACAGUUUAAAAUUCAGAAACACUAAUGCUUGGGACUCAAUACACUUAUUCUUUAAAACCUCGUCUCCGACAUUUCGAUAUAGGUUCAUAUGAAAAUGUCACAUUCAGCAUCUAGACGCUGGCGUCUUCAAUAAGGUCAGUACAGUGGUCGGUGACAGACUAUAAAAUAUUCUACAAAAGGAAGCUUAAUUCACGUUCCGAGGUCCUGACGAUUAGAGACACGUUGACGUGAAGAACACUCUUAUGUCAGAGGUAACAGAAAUGUGAACACUAUAUCAGAUUCGUCAAUAGGUGUGAAACCAUGGAACUGUAAUAUACGUUUACUAUGCGGAUCAUGUAACAGACUAUGAGUUCCCUAGUGCAAACCGUGGUGAGUGACGUUAUCGCCUCUCAUCAACGACUACAGCAGCAGCCUGCAACAUGUCCCCUGCCCUUGUCUUUGGAUUCAAAUAAUAACAGCGGUGGGGGUUUAGUGGUAGAUGAAAACAAACACAGAUCUGCAGAAGGGGAAGGUGUGAAAUCAGCUGUUAAGGCCGGCAGCAGUGGUGGCGAAAAAUACUCGCUCAGACCGCGAUCACUACAAAGACGCUCAGAAUCGAAGGAUUCCGAACAUACGCGCAUUUCUAGCGGCAGAGGGUAUGCGAGAAGAGGCGUCAAUUCAGGAGCGGGGUCCACUGCACGGCCGAAACAGAAGCCUCCGCCGCUCAGCAAAUAUCGGCGAAAGACAGCGAACGCCCGUGAGAGGGACCGCAUGCGGGAAAUCAACGCCGCCUUCGAGACGCUCCGUCGCGCUGUGCCUCACAUCUCAACAUCCGCUCACCACAAUCAACAUGACAGCAACGGCAGCGAGAAGCUCACCAAGAUCACCACUCUCAGAUUAGCCAUGAAAUAUAUCGCCGCCCUGAGCCAGGCGCUCCAGCAGUCCGACGCCAUCCUGCAGAUGUCCGAAAUUCGAGUGCCAGCACUACAACCCCCGAGUUCCAUCAGUAGCAAUAGUAGCAGUAGUAGUGGCAGUCUACAGUUCGUAUCAGAAGGCGAGUCACUCACCUUCAGCGAACACUGCCUCACACCGCCCGACCUCACUUCCACAGACUUCACGCGGCAGUGCCUCACUCCUGCAAAUCUGACACGCCUUUCUUCGCAAGACCAUAGUCAGCACAGCGGCACUCCACUAGACAACAAGCGCCUCUGUCCCAGUUCCUCGUCCGACGUCCACAAAACUAUGACGGUCCCUAGCCAGAACAUUCCCUCUACAGAACUAAGUACAAGAGCUACCUGCUUUGCGUCAGCGACAUCCGACGACCUCAGCCGACACUGUUUGCUGUCCCCAGGUUUGGAACAGCAAUGUCAUCAUCCUUCAGCAUCAAAUUCUCAAAUGUGUCUCUCAGUACCUGUGCUAGAGCCCCCAGACCUCAGUCAGCACUGCCUCACGCCCGCAGACUUCGAGGAACACACGACUGAAGAACAGUCUCCCUUGUUAGUAUUCGACGAUGAUUCCCUAGACUCACCUGAUCUGGACCAUCUUCUAAUCUCGUGACGUCACUUCUCUGUUCUGUAGCCAGAAUUAAGUGCCUAGUGGUGAUUACAGUUUCGAAAUUGUGAUUGUUACUGACAAUUAUAUUAAAAGUUUCAAAGUACUUCGUGCUUUUAAAUUCCACGAGUAAAAGAAAAUCUUACCUGUUAUAGAACAAUUUUAUUAUUCUUUCGCAUUUGAGAUCUAUGAUACUAGAUUUCCUAUAUUAAUAAAUCUCAUUCGUUAAACAGUCGAUAUAAUUCACGGAGCAAAUUUAACCAAUUUUUUUCAAACGUAUCAAUCCAGUUCAAUCUUCUUAAAAUUUGGACUAAAUGCGAAUGCAUAACUGUUGUCUGCCAUUGAUUAUAUUUUCGAGUGAGAAUAUGAAAUAAAAUGCAUAGUAAAAUUAUUCAACUGGCUCUCAAGUUUCUCUCUCGGCCAAAUAAAUGAAGCAAAGAAGACUGACAUUAAUGCAGAACAGGUGAGAUAGACACGAAAUGCUCUUACCGUGGAAGUUCUGAACAAGUUUUGCUACAUCGUGUAAUGUGUGAUUCUCAGCUAGAUAUAGGUGUGAGUGGUUCCGUAUCACAGUGUUCAACUCUUAACGUUUUUGACAAGCAUGGGGAAAGGAAUCUGGUGGGAUUUUUGCGCAAGAGAUUCCACGUAUAUUCGCACAGCCGUAAAUAAAUUAAUUCAAUUCGUUUGGGUUUGUUUGUUUGUUUGUUUAUUACGACUGCUUAAUAAUUUUUCUAACAUGGUGGACGUUGCAGUAUGAAAAAAAUUGUGUCGUUACACAUGUGAUGAAUAUCUACAAGAAGUGAUGGACCACACGACAUGUUUUGUGAAAGUGACCGUAUUAAGCAGACAGGAAGGUUGAUGCUAUUGCCAGUCCUCAGCACGAACUGAUGUACUAUACAUUACGAAAAAGUACAAAGGGAAAUUUUGUCUUAACGUUUUAAAACGACCACAUACAAAUCGUAUUAAUUUUUACUUCAGAUGGUGACUUUUACAAAUUCUAAGUUAAAUAAAUUGUGCAGUAUUGAAAUUAUCUGUGUUCAGUUUCAAAUAACUCAUCGUUCGAUCGCCAACAGUUUCCUCAGUUGUAGACAAGAUGGCGCCAAAUCUUAUUUCCUUGGAGGAUUGCAAGAUCAAAGCUGAACACUUUUUGGUAAUUUAACCGUGUCAGU